GCGGCCGGAGCGCGCCUGCGAGGCUCGGGGGAGCGGAGCCGCCCGUCUCCGCCCGGCCCCCGCGAGGAGAGGGCGGCGCGACUUCCUUGCAGCCCGCCGAGAACGGAGCCGCGGAAAGUAUUCAAUCAGUGGAGACCCACCCUGUUACAACCGCCGAACGCCAGGCGUGCCAGCCCCUGAUGUUCAGAAUCAAAAGACUGCCUGCAGAACGCAAGAGUCCAGCAUAACCCUUGGAGCCCUUACAACCCCGUCUCCCAAGCCAGAGAAGAUGGCUCCCACCCUAGAGCAGGCCUACCGCCGGCGCUGGUGGAUGGCCUGCACGGCCGUGGUGGAAAACCUCUUCUUCUCCGCGGUCCUGCUGGGCUGGGGCUCCUUGCUCAUCAUGCUCAAGCACGAAGGAUUCUACUCUCAUUUGUGCCAAGGUGGGAAUGCCACCAAUGGCUCAGGGGAAGCCAGCACAUCUCACCGGUGGCCCAGCUGUGUGGAACAGGAGGAAAUGCUCAACCUGGGUUUCACCAUUGGCUCCUUCUUACUAAGUGCUGCUACUUUGCCACUUGGGAUAUUCAUGGACCGACUUGGCCCCAGGCCACUCCGCCUGAUUGGCAGUGCCAGCUUUGCGCUCUCCUGCGCCCUCAUGGCCCUGGCUGCCCACGACCCACCAGUUCUUUCGCCACUGAUUUUUCUUGGCCUUUCCCUGAAUGGCUUUGGAGGGAUCUGCCUGACCUUCACCUCUUUGACUCUGCCCAACAUGUUUGGGAACCUGCGAUCUACUUUCAUAGCACUCAUGAUCGGCUCGUAUGCUUCCUCUGCUGUUACCUUUCCUGGCGUCAAGCUGAUCUAUGACGCUGGAGUUUCCUUCAUCAUCAUCAUGCUUGUCUGGGCAGGCCUGGCUUGCCUCAUCUUCCUCAACUGCUUGAUCAACUGGCCCCGGGAAUCCUUCCCAGCUCCAGAGGAAGCCAACUACACGAAGAAGAUCCGACUGAGCAGCCUGGCCCUCGACCACAAGGUGACGGGCGACCGGUUCUACGUCCACCUGACUGCGGUGGGGCAGCGGCUGAGUCAGAGAGCCCCGCACCUGGAUGAGGGCAAAGAGGAGGUCUUCCCCUCCGUGCAGAAUGUUCCUGAGGGGGGCGCAGGCUCCUCGCAGCGCCCCAUCCCCUUCCGCCAGAGCGUAUGCUCACCCAUCUUUCUGUGGAGCCUCUUCACAAUGGGCAUGACUCAGCUGCGCAUCAUCUUCUACAUGGCAGCCAUGAACAAGAUGCUGGAGUUCCAGGUGACAGGCGGCAAGGACUCCGAAGAGCUGCAGAAUGAAGCUGAACAAACAGUCAGCUUCUAUUCCUCCAUCUUUGGUGUCAUGCAGCUACUUUGCCUUCUCACCUGCCCCUCCAUUGGCUAUGUGAUGGACUGGCGCAUAAAGGACUGUGUGGAUGGGCCUGGAAACAAGGGUGCUGCUGCAUUAGCUAGGAUGAAGGAGAAAGGGAAGCCGCCCAAAGUUCGCUACCAAAAGAUCCAGAAGCUCACCAAUGCUAUCCGUGCCUUCGUCAUCACCAAUCUCAUGCUGGUGGGGUUUGGUAUCACCUGCCUUAUCAACAACCUCCCUCUGCAGUACGUGACUUUCAUCCUUCAUACCAUGGUGCGCGGCUUCUUCCAUUCUGCCUGUGGAAGCCUCUACGCUGCUGUGUAUCCGUCCAAUCACUUUGGCACUUUGACCGGCCUGCAGUCUCUGAUCAGCGCUGUAUUUGCUCUCCUGCAGCAGCCGCUCUUCAUGGCCAUGGUGGGGCCAAUGCAUGGCGAUCCCUUCUGGGUGAAUCUUGCCCUCCUCAUCUUCUCUUCUGUGGGCUUCCUGCUUCCCUGCUACCUCUACUACUACCGCCACAGGCUUCUCCAGGAGCAAGCGGCAAAAGAAGGGAUGGAUCAGGCUAACGGCACCAAUGUGAAACUCCAGGACAGCACAGUCACGAAUGGCUUGUUGAGCAGUGACACAACCACCAUAUAAGUCUUGAGAGGGAAGGUGGGGAGUUUGGCGGAGAACGGAAUGUGGAACUGGAGUGCCUAGCAGAUGGAGAGAAACACUAUUGGCAAGGGGUGGGCAAAAUACUGUGAGAAGGUUAUAUUUGGAGCCUAUGAAAAUAACAGAGGUGCUUUUAAUUCUCAACAAAUGCAUAUCUAUAUUUAUAGCUAUAUCUAUAUUUUAUAUAUAGAGACAAAGAAAGAAAUCGAACUCUAUUUUUUUGCAGAAUAUUUUAAACAGCCCAAUGCCUUUUAAACAGAUGAUUAGACCUAGAAUAGUUUUUAAAACACCCUUUCCCCUCUUUUUCAAAAACAGCAGAUCAUGGUUACGAUGCCUAGUUCACAAUUCUCAGCCAGCACUUUCCAAUCAUAUUCAGCACUGUGAGAUAGAGUGUGCAAAUUACCCUAUUUCCUUCUCUUUGCAUGAUACUAAAUGCUGAAAAAAUUGGAGUGAGUGAAAUGCACCAAGAGAAUGUAGUCUGUCUGAUUAUUCUGGUGAGUCAAUAUUUCCUUGCAUUUUGGCAGCUGAUGCUCAGGUAUCAAGCAAUGGAAUGCAUUACUGGGACAUCACUUAACAGAUGCAAUCUCUGCUUCCCCUCUCCCCUUUUCUGAGCUUUAUAAUAACAAGAUAUCUCAAUAGUUGUCCCCCAGAGACAACAUUCUGAUGGCUUUCUGAAUGCCUCAUAUAUUUCCAUGUGUUUGGACCUGUCUUAUCAGAGGUAUAUCAGGAUUACAUGUAACAACAAACCAUGGUUUAUUUUAACUAUGUUGAAUAGUGGGUUGUUUCAUGCAAACCUGGAACUACCAUGACAGAACCCAUGGUUUGUUUUUGGGCUGUGAGUUGUUUAACCUAUGGGUGAACCCAAAACUGUGGGUCAUUCACGGGUUGUUUUAUAUGGUUGCAGAAGGUGGUAGCAAAAGUAGUAAAACAACAAUUACUACUACUAUCAGUACUUCUACAUGCUGCAUUAAUACAGUGCUGCAAAAAUACAUGGAAUAGUGGGAGGGAAUGGGAGAGAGAAGAACCAAACAACCCAACAACUUAAAACACAACCUGCAGUUUUCUUGAUCAUCUAAUAGCCAAAUCAUGGCCUAACUCUAGGAAAGGUAACAGCCCAUGGGUUAAUUAGGCCAUCAGUUGUCAUUAUGUGUCAACCAUAUUGAUAGAACGCUGAGGAAUAUAUUAACAGGAUUUGUAUAGGGGAGAACAAUGUGUCCAUUUUUAAUGACCUUUGUUUAGAUUGUGUCCUUCUAUGAGAGACUCCAGAAAAUACCUCCUUAUGUUAUGUUUCCAACCCUAGCCAAGUGGUUUAUUUAUUUAUUAAAAUGCCUACUGUUGCCUUUCCACGGAAAA